AGGGUGGUGCUAAGGGUUCAAACAGUGAGGAGUUGUCUUACUGUGAUCCAUUUGACACAUCAGUAGUCAAUGAUCUUGUAGCCCCAGGUAAAGCUGAAUUGAAAUUUUUGGAGAAAGAACUUCUAGCUGAAGGAACUCCUGCCAUACCAGUAACUUGUGUAGAAGAGGACGACGAUUUUGAUCCCCGUGCUGAAGAAUCUCCACCCAGGAGAAAAUCCAUUCCACGUCCUGAACAGUUGUUCAUUGGUGGUGAUAAGAGACAGUCAUUACCGAAAGUGGUAGCGUUUAAUGUAACUUCUGAGGAACCGUUGGAGGAUUUGUUGUCGGUUGGACAAAACGAAACAAACAAAGCUUCCAAACCGUUGACUCCUUACUAUCCAGAGCAGAAACUUUUGGAAGAUAAACCAAGCUACGAGAGUGAGUCAUCCACUGUUUGUGAGGACCCGUUUGAUACGUCUUUUGUGUCCAGUGCGCCAGGGAAACUAGAAUUGAAGUUGAUUGAGAACGAACUUGUCGGUGACAUCAGUCAGGUUCCUCCUUCCACAUCACAACAAGCAAUCCCUCAGACAUCAACGACAUCAGUACCAAUCUCCCAAGUAUCAACCACACUGAAACACAGUGUUUCCGACCCCGACUUUGAUCCGAGAGCGUGCGAAUCGCAGAGGAACAGUGUCAGUCAGGACUUUCUUUCAGAAGGUGUUGACGCUGAGACUAAGCUCCACACCCCGGUGCUUCCGAGGAAGAUAGAGGACGACCUUGACGUGUCUGCUUAUUCGGAUCCGUUUGAUACGUCCAUUGCCGAACACAUACUGCCCGGGAAAGCUGAGCUCAAACUUUUGGAGAGCGAACUUAUCAAGUAAAGUGUUGGAAGUGUUCAAACUUUUAGAAAAACUUUUUCGAGACUAGUUACAGAGUUUGACUUUGAUCAACGUUAUAGAAGCACAAUAAACAUGGCGAAUCCAUUCCUGAUGAGUGACAUGGAGCCUGUGAAGCAGCCGGCCGGCUUCAACCCCUUCUUAUCGGGGGGUGAUUUCGGGGGCGGUGGAGCAGCAGAACCCCCCUCAGUGCCCGACAAUCCCUUCAUGACAUCAGCUGUCGACGACUCGGCUUCCAGCGGCUACCAGUCUUCAUCGGCCACCAACCCAUUCGCGUUCUCCUCCCAGGAGACUAACAACUUCUUCACAACUACUGCACAACCCAGCCAGCCGGUCGAUUUCACCAACAUUUUCGCGUCACAAGCCCCCAGCCAAGGGGCGCCCGUCAAUGAUUUCUCGAAUAUCUUCUCGUCGCCGGCUCCGAGUGCCCAGUACGCCCAGGAAGCACAGGCUCCCACCAAUGAUUUCAGCAACAUUUUUGCCAGCGAGCCGCCUCAGGUGCAGCAGCCCCCUCAACCCGCGGCGCCUAUACCGGAUCUGUUCGACAGUUUUGCUGAGCCGGCGUCUUCUGUUCCACCGUUGAUUGCAGAAACAAUGGUGCCAACCCCAGCACCUUCGACCACGAUCACAGCCAACCUGCUCGACGAGGAGACAGAGUUCUUCCCGCCGGACGACGCGCAGGGGGCGAGCGAAGCGGCCCCGCCCAGGCGACCUCCGCCUCCGCGACCACCGCCCUCCAAGGAGACCAAGGACCUGAUCCUGAGUGUGACCGGCGCCAUGGAGGCCACAUCGUCGCACCUACUCGACAGACUGCAGGCCACUAGGACGCCCAGCCCUACGCCAAUCAGAGAGCUGCAUUCCCCCAGUCCUACGCCUGAUAUGAUGCAGGUUACUGAUCUCCUUGGAGACGGAUUUGGCACUGUAAUGGAAGAGUCGCAACAUGAUGAGGCUGAAGUCAUGGAUCUGCUUGGCUCAGGAGAGCCUUUCUCACAGCCUGCAGCACAGCCAUUCCAACAGCCAGUGGAACCUUUCCAGCAAUCAGAACCUUUCAAGACAUCAGAGCCCUUUCAACAAUCAGAGCCCUUUCAACAAUCAGAGCCUUUCAAGACAGCAGAACCCUUUAAAGCAGCAGAACCCUUCCAGGCAUCAGAACCAUUCAAAGCAGCAGAACCCUUCCAGGCAUCAGAACCAUUCCAGCAAGCAGACCUCUUCCAGGCAUCUCCAGAGCCCUUCCAGCAACCGGCUGCUCCAUUCCAGCAACCUGUGAGGCCCACACAACCACUUGUUGAACAGGUCAUGCCCCCAAGCAGUAGCAUAUCAAUGCUGUCCAUGACACCCAGUCCAGAGCCGAUUGUCUCCAUGGCUCCUUCCCCCACUCCAGUGGCUGCAGCCCCUCCCCCAAGACCAGCACGUCCAGCGGUUCCAGAAAGACCAAAACUUCCACCACAGCCAGCUGUUGCAUCUGGACCACCUCCAAAACCACCUCCACCCACAGUUCCAUCAAGACCUGCUGCAUCACCAUUUGCUGCCAAACCAAAUCAUGUUCCAGAGCCUGCUGAAGUUGCAAAACCUGUUGAUGCUUUCAAAGAGCCAGAAGUUGCCAAAGAAGAGGCAGACUUCUUUGGGGCACCUGCAGCACAAAGAACAUCGGUUCCCAGGGAAGAUCCAUCAAUAACCGGCACCAGUUUUCUGCCAACUGCCACAAGUGGAAAUGACCUGUGGGGAGCAACCUCAGAAGUAGCAAAACCAGCAGAAGAUACCUUCACAUCUCCUCAACAGAAUGUGUUUGCUCAACCUGCAGCAGUUUUCUCUCCACCCAAGCCACAGCCUGCUGAGGACAUCUUUGCAGCACCUCAGGCAGACAUAUUUGGAGUUCCACCUCAACAACCCUCCCAAGAUAUCUUUGGAGCACCUGCCCAAGAUGUCUUUGCAGCUCCCACUCAAGCCGCUCCAGACCUGUUCUCCCCUCCAAAACCUUCUGCAGGAGCUGAUAUUUUUGGGACUGCACCUGCAACUGGGCAUGAUAUCUUUGCAGCUGCUCCUGUUGUACAGGAGCCGGUCACCCAUCCAGCCAGCUACAAUAUCUUCGACGCUCAACCCGCUGCACCAGUUGCAGCCGCCGCUGCUCCCAUGGAAGAUGCGUUCGAUGCAUUCACUGCCAAGUUUGAGAGUGCUGGUCAUGAGAAAGCCGGUGCUGAUGCUUUUGAUGCGUUCGGCUCGAAUGCGUUUGGAGCGCCAGCUGAUGCUAAAGGUGAUGGAGUGAGCGGAUUUGGAGCGGACGACAACUUUGAUGCAUUCCUGGCUCUGCAGGAGCCCCCUCCCGUGCCACAGAGCACCCCAGCCAGGGUCAGUCGUGGCGACUCCAAGGACUCAGACGACAACGACAACGACUUCAACAUUUUCAUCAAGCCGAAAGCGGCAGGAGAGGGGGGCAGUCAGCCAGGGGCGAUUACACCGGUGCUAGCCCCACCACCCCGCUCGCCCGUGCAGAAUGCCUUCCAGGACAGCAGUCCGCGAUUCAAUCCAUUCGACGCCGGCCAAGCAGUGGCGGAGGCCCAACCUGACAAUUUCUUCGCUCAAGCUCAAGCACAAUUCGAAAAAACAGAAGAAGGCCAACAAAAAAUGGAAAGAACAGAUUCACAGGAGACUCCCCCCACUCCACUUUUCGACGAAGACGUAUCUCAGCCUCUGGAGGACUUCCCCAGAAUUCACUACGAAGGACCAGGCUGGGAAAUGUACCUCAGGCAACCUAACAAGAAGAAAAUCACUGGUCAAAGAUUUUGGAAGAAAAUAUUCGUGAAACUGGUGUAUCAAGGAGAGAAUCCAGUAAUUCAUUUAUUUAACAACAGUAACGACAGAGACCCUUUCCAAGAACUGCCGCUUCAACCUUGUUACUCCGUGUCAGAAAUCGGAGCCCAACAAUACGACCAGUAUGGAAAGAUCUUCACGGUGAAACUGCAGUUCAUCUUUUACAAGGAGCGACCAGGUGUGCGGCCAGGUCAGGUGACCAAAGCUGAAAGACUGACCAACAAGCUGAGCCAAUUCGCCGCCUAUGCCAUACAGGGCGACUAUCAGGGCUGCAAGGAGUUCGGCAGUGACCUCAAGAAGCUAGGGUUACCCGUCGAGCAUGCGCCUCAGAUCUCGCAGCUGUACAAGAUCGGCUCGUUCACGUAUGAGGACAUGAAGCAGAUGUCUGUGUGCGUGGAGGAGGCGCUGUUCCGACUGUCGGCGCACCGCGACCGCGCACUCAACUACAAGAUGGAGGAGGUGCAGAUCACCGCCGUCGACGAGCUCUAUGUCGAGCAGAACAAGAAUGGCGGUGUCGACAAGCAGAUUGCCAGGGUGCGCCUUUUCUUCCUCGGGUUUCUGUCUGGAAUGCCUGACGUGGAGCUUGGAGUGAACGACCUGGUGAGACAAGGCAAAGAGGUGGUGGGGCGUCACGACAUCAUCCCUGUUGUCACUGAGGAGUGGAUAAGACUGGAAGCUGUAGAGUUCCACAGUUGUGUUCAGCAAGAUGAGUACGAGAGAACCAGGACUAUCAAGUUCAAACCUCCCGACGCUUCCUACAUAGAACUGAUGAGAUUUAGAGUUAGGCCACCUAAGAACAGGGAGCUUCCACUGCAACUGAAAACCACUAUGUGUAUCACUGGAAAUAAGGUUGAGUUGAAGGCUGAUGUACUAGUACCUGGUUUUGCAAGUAGAAAACUGGGGCAAAUACCUUGUGAGGAUGUGAUGAUCAGGUUCCCCAUUCCUGAAUGCUGGAUCUAUUUGUUCAGGGUAGAGAAACAUUUCCGAUAUGGAUCUGUCAAGUCAGCGCACAGAAGGUCUGGUAAAGUGAAGGGAAUUGAGAGAUUCCUCGGAGCAGUGGAUAACCUGGAGCCAUCUCUGAUGGAAGUUACUUCAGGUCAAGCUAAGUACGAACAUCAGCAUAGGGCGAUUGUAUGGAGGAUGCCUAGGCUGCCUAAAGAGGGACAAGGUGCUUAUACGACCCAUAAUCUGGUGUGUAGGAUGGCGCUAACUUCCUACGACCAAAUCCCUGAUGAGCUAGCACAGUAUUGCUAUGUAGAGUUCACAAUGCCUGCUACUCAGGUGUCACAUACAACCGUGCGAUCAGUUUCAAUAGGGAACAGUGACAGUGACACUCCACCUGAGAAGUAUGUCCGGCAGUUGGCUAGGCAUGAAUAUGUCGUUGAGAUAGAGCACACACAGGGCGAAUCGCCGGCCGAUUACAUAGCAGCUACGGCCGUUUCGAAGCCGGCACCUAUAGUGGAAGAGAAGCCUCACUCUGCCGUAGCCUCGGCCGCUGAAUCAGAUUCAGACUCUUCCAGCUAAGACAACUGCGAAUAAUUCAAAGUCUGAACAUACUUAUGAUGAUUUUUUUUAGUAGCUGCUCAUAUUAAUCCAAAAUGCAAAUCAAGUAGAAAUAAUAUGUUCUUUCGUAAAAAAUAUGCAAUUUACUUAGAUGUCUGUAUUGAUAACAUAUAUUUGGGUACGGUAGUCGUAAUGUUGAAAUUAAUGCAAAUAUAUGAACCAAAGUAUUAUAUAUUUAUGAAAGGGUAGAAGCGUUUGUGAAUAAAUGUAAAAGCGAUUAUACAUAUAUCAUUGUAUAUAAAAUUAUUGUAUUAUAUCCAUAUAUCGACGUUCUAUUGUAUAUUGUGAAUGUAUAAUAAAAUCACAAACCAAAUUGACAAAGUUGAUAUCGUUAGCAAUCUUGAGUGUUGAAAACUAUUCGUUUCAAUUUGGCAAUUUGAAAAUUCUGGAAUCAAAAUGAACUUGAAUUUUCAGGUUGAAAGUCAUAUAGGUAGUUGUUUGUUGAAUACUGAAUAAUCGAGAAUGAUCAAGACAAUGUAAGGAAUGGGAGUGAUCACAAAAUAAACUAGUCAACGACUUGGAAGAGAGAUAUUCCAGAAUGAUAUGUUGGUCGACUAUUAUUGAUGUAACUACUUAACUGUUGUAAACAAUUGAAUACACAUUCUUAAACAUGAAGUGUCUGCUGGUGAAUGAGUGCAAUAGAAUCUCAUUGAGAAAUUAAUUUUCCAGCUAUCAGUUGUUGGGAGAAAUGUGAGGUCAAUUUUAAUUUUCAAUGUAAAAAAUGCAAUCUCAUUGUAACUUGAAAUAAGAUGAUUGCCGCCUAUUUUAGAUUCUAAAAUCUAUUAACGUACAUUAAAAACAACUUCUCUGGAUAAGCAUAAUGCUUUGAGAUUUAUGAACGAUGCUAUAUCAUUAUAUAUAUUAUAUUUGAUUAACAUUCAGCGACCCAUAUAUGUAUACCACUAGAAUCAUAAUUUGCUGUAAGAAUAAUUGAGUGAAUUCUAAAGCUGAACUUACUCAUGUAAAUUAAGCGUGUAUAUAUUAAUUUAGUGCUGAUUUAUUGGACGACGAAAGAAAUAAUCUUAUUAUUAUAUACCAUAAUCUAUUGCUGUACCGUAUUAUUGAGGAUAAAAAUGGCACUGAAAAUUAUUGGACAAUACUAGGUUUUGGAUUCAUUAAGUAAUCCUACAUUAUCCAGAAUGUUAUUGAUCUUGUAUUAGAUAUAAUUCAUUACCCAUUGUAUGCUUACUGUACCAUAUAAUGUUGAAUAUUGUAUAAUAUGUGUAGAUGUUGUAAAUUUUAUUUUUUAAUGAUUUUCCGUCGUUUUAUAAGCCAUAAGCAUACGGAGUCUUUUUCCAAUUAGGAUGUAAAAAUAAUAAAUGUAGUUCAAACGAUGCUUAUUGUUGUGCUUAGUGGUCAAUGGUAGUGAAGUAGUAUCUAGCUUGUGCAUUUAUCCAAUUGUUGGUUGGUUCUAAUGAUUGCUUGCUUAAAACUUCAUAUUAUAAAAUACCACUGGUUUAAAGUGAGAAAUAUAAUAAAAUAUCAGAAUAAUGUUGGUAGCUCUGUAACACUUGUGGAAGAAGAAGAGAAGGUGAAAGCUUCUAAGCAGAAAUUUUGGAUGGAAGAUGGAAUAAGUGAAGAAGAAUAGGGAAAUAUUGGAAAAGAAGGUUAGAAGAGGAGGUCAGUAUUAAAACUAGAUUUCUUGUCAAAACAAAUAUCAAAUUCCCAAUAACUUAAUCAGAAAUAUUUUUUUCAGCUUCAAUUCACUGAUACUUACAAACUGUUGCGAAAUCUUCUUGUAGACUCGUGAUGACAAUUUGUAAAACUUCAUAACAUAAUGGAAUAGACAUUUUAAAACGUUUUCAUUUGGUAUUGCCAUUUUUGAAAAGUGAUAAAAUAAUUCAAUUUAAAACAUAAUAAUGGAAGUUCUAUAUUUUUUACUUAUUUCUUACAUUGCAAUCAUUAAAACCAAACCAAUAAAGAUCUUAUUAGUGUUUUUAUUGUUACAUUUAAGAGUUCUGCUGGUCUUAGGGUUCACAUAUGAGUAAGUAGCUUAAUAAAUUAUUUCUUUUGUGAAUAAAUAUGAAUAAAAUGUUGAAAGAGUAAUCUCUUUGAUAAAUCAUUGUCGUUUAAUGAAUAAUAAAAAAAUGUAGUCAUAGCUGAAUGAGUGAACAGAUUAGCUUGAUAGUUUUUUAUUCUAAGAGAAUCUCUAUUUUGAAAGAAAAUAAUUAUUCUCCAAGAAGAAUACCUACAUGUUGAAUUUAUUGCUGUUAUCAUCAAAUGAAUAUGAAAUCGUUAUUAAUGUUCAUAUAUUUUUGGGAUUGUUGAAAAAUAUUCGUGAUUGUUUCUUUAUUCAGUUGUUCUGUUUUUCAGUCACUAGUUGUAUAAUUAUUAUUUUUCAGUUCUUGUGAUUGACGAUAAGAAAAAAAAUCUACAAUAAAUAGGCUAUUCAAAAUUUCAUAAUUUGUUAUAUUUUAAUUAUGAAAUUUUAAAUAUAAUUAUUAUAUUUAAUAGUAUUACUAUUAUAGUACAGUAUUACCUAAUUUCUUCUUAGUGAUCUGUGUAGUAUAUAUAAAACUGCAUUUUCUAAACUCUGACUAUAGUAUGAUAAUUUAGAAAGAAAAUUAUUCAUCAUUCAAGGGAAAUUAUAAUUAUUAUAAAAUGAAGAAUUUAGGGAUCGAGCAAGUUACUUACACUCUUCAAGUAAGCCUCACUUCACUAGUGAAUAACAACUAAAAUUUAAAAUAAUUAAGAUUCAAAUAAUGAAUCUUUAUUUUAUAGAGCUUGGAAGUAAACGGAAUUAGAUGACUCACGCACAUAAAAAUAGCAAUUAUAUUAUGUUAAUUACAUUAAAGAUUGUAAUAGUGUUGAAAACUGUUGAAUUGAAGGAUCUAAUUAAAUCAGAAGAAUUUGUUUGGAUGAGAAGAAGAUAGAAGAUUUUAGGAGAAUAAUGAAAAUAAACGCCUCAGGAAGCAAUAUCCGAGGCUGGAAUCGUUUGAUUUGAAAGAAUACAAGAAUGAUAUUAAGUAGUAGAAAAUGCGUGAUCAAAUACGCUGCAAAUGUGUAAUCCACUUCUUCAAUUGAGGAAACUUGAAUUGUAAACAGACACAAUUUCAAAUCCUCCAACUUUAGCUCGGUAAAUUCAGGCUAUGAAAAUUUAGAUCAAUCACUGCUUUUCCAAAACAUCCCAAUAUUCAAGUGGAAAUCACACCUAUUAUAAUAUAAUUCUAUUACGGUAUCAAUUAUUUAUCUUCUGUUGAUUUAUGAAUAAGAAAUGUUGCUGAUUUGAAGUUAUACUUUGAUUAAUUGCUUGUUAUAUUCAUAAUUUCCUGUGAUUUAUUAAUAAAUUAGAUAUAAAAUACGUAUAGAACCAGUAACGGCAUUUUUACUUAAUGUUAAAUGAGUGGAAAAAUAUCAAUAAUGCAAUAGUUUGUUGCUACAAUUCUGUAUUGUGCAAUGAUACUUAGUAUUAAACGUAGACGGAUAAUUAUUAUUGUAAUUAAUAAUCACUGUAAAUCAAUGGCAUAAAAGUAAGCUAGAAUAAAGUUGUUAUUUUGUGUGAUGAUUUGGAAGGGUGACUUGGUUGAGUGAAAUGAGAGUGAAUGAUUGAGAAAUAUUUGACAUGUAGAAUUUAAGUUAAAGUUGGAAGUAUCACAAAUGGUAUUCAUUAAAUUUGUAGAUGGUAAUAUUCAUUUAACAUUGACUAGAAGUUUCAAAUUCAAAAAUCUUGUUUAGAUGUUUCUUCUUUGGAGGGCAUUGAGUAUUGGCCGGUCGGAAUAAUGUAAACUUCGAUACUAAAUACUGAAAAAUUCACUCCAUCUUAUUCAGUAAAUAACGUAGGCCUACAAUGGAGAGUCAAUAGAGUAUACAAACUCUUCCAUUGAAAGAGUUGAACUAAGUUAAAUUCUUCAUGUUCCGAAUUAUUAAUGUAAGAUGCCUGUAUAAGGUACGGUACGGUAGUUUUGCUAUGAACGGAUCUUGAAAAUUAUAAAAAGUAUCAAAUAUCAGCAAAUUAUACCAGACUAUUAAGUUUUAAUCCAUAAUGAAAUUUAAUUGUAUAUCAGUUAUACAUUUCCAGGUUGAUCUUCUUUCUCGUGUUAAAAUCAACUUAUGAUAUGCAUUUAGGAACAAAAUGUCAUAUUGAGUUUCUCUCUGGCAGAAGUAAACAAGAUAUAGCUAAUUAAAAACGAAUAGCGAAACAUUGACCGGCAUAUAUCACCUUAUUAUUAUUGAGUAAUACAUUCUAUACAAACUAUUACUCUUGAUGUACUGUACCCUAAACAAGAGCAAUAUUGUUCCCACUCGAAUGCUUACUAGAUCAAUAUGGCAUUCUAAAUAACAUAAGUUUGAGGUGACUCAGUUUCACCAAGCAAAACCACAACAAAUUUGAGAGAUCUCUUCCGAGUCCCUACUCAAAUUUAGUAAAUUUUGCUCUGUGUCGUGAUGUGCUUUGCAUAUCAGAAAUCGAUAAUAUUAUAGAUGGAUGUAUGUUGUUGUUGUUGCAUUGAUAGUGUUCUAUUAUAAUACAGUACUGUAUAUUGAUGAAUCAGCUGUUAUCCUAUUGUUCAAUGGAAAACAUUUUGUGAGAGUACUCAUGACAUUUAAAUAUCGUACUACUUGAUGUGAUCAACAAUGGUUGAAGAUAAUUUAGGAAAUGUUCGAAUGAUAAAUAAUAUAUUCUAGGCUAUCCUUGUUGAGUAAUCCAAUGUGAAAUAUUUAUGAAACUAUGUAAAAAGUAUCUUUUAUUUCUGGAGCAUUAAUGAUGAUCUUAUAGGCUGUAUAACGGAGAUCAAUAAAAGAUUUUUAUGUUAGC